AUGUCCCGCGUCGUGGUGUUUGCGAAGAAGGGCGCUCAAUGGGUCGGCCUCGCGGGCUCCAUACUCACCAUGCUGAUUGGCUGCAUACAUGUAUUUCACUCGGGUGCCGCCCUGGACUGGCCCGAUCAAGACGUACCGUUUUUGACGGACACUGCGAAAACGAUUUGGAGAGAUAAGCUGUUCAGUCUGCGGCCCGACGUCUUCGUGGAAUCCUGGACGCCCCUGGUGACGGGAGUUUGCGGCGUCCUCUGUCACGUCGUUCAGUUUCCGCGGCUGCACUGUAUCACCAAGUCGUACUUCAAUUACUUCUGGUUCUUAAUGUUCCAAGGUUUGUUUGCAACCAUCUCAUAUUGCGGGGGACUGGGGAUUUUGUUCGGAAUUCCGGUGUUCACGAGUGCGCUGCUUGCUUUCAUUGGAUUGCUGUUUGACGAGGGCGAUGCGUCCCUCAAGUUCAACUGGAAGCUCGGCGGCGGAGGUGGGAAGCACCCUCCACAAGACGACCUCUUCAUGGGCGCCAACCGCCAUGUCUAG